AUGCAAGGAUGCGUAAGUUAGGAAUUGCAUUAGAAUCAGGUAAAAGACAUGAAAAGAAAACAUUUGAUCUCAAAAUUAUGGGAGAUAGUAUAUAAGAUGUAAAGAAAGGAAGAAAAGAAAGAUAAACAGAAUGAAAAUUAAAUUAGUGAAUUUUCGUUGAAUAUCAAUCUUGGAGCUCUAUCAUGUUUUUCUGAACUCUGCACUGAAUUGGCUUGCAACAAUAAAAUAUGGUAAAUAAAGUUUUAAAGAAUAGUGAAGUAAAUUUAUCAAGAUGCAAUAUUAAUAUCUAUUUUGCAAUUGAAUUAGCAAAUUUAGUAUAGAAGAAUACAAAUAUUCAAGUAUUGCAAUUGGCUGGAUGUAAUUUGAAUUCUUUUUCAUUGAGCUGUAUAUUUAAAUCAGUAAUAAAUUUAACCUUGAUUUAGAUGAUAGAUCAUACAGGUUUGACACAUUUAAAUCUCUCAAAUAACAAGGGUUUUACAGUAACAUCAGUUGAAGACUUUUGUAAAUAUGUUUUAAAAGGCAAGAAUCCAUUAUAUGAAAUAAAUUUAAGUUUUUGUAAUAUUCACAGUUGGCUAUCACCUAUAUUAUAAAAUCUAAAGCAUUUGAAAUCACUUAAGUAACUUUUGUAUUUUUAUUUCAGACGUUUUUUAAUCUCUUAUGUAAAUUUUAAUUAUUCAGAAUCAGAAAGCAUUUCUGCAUUAAGGAGUGCAAUAAUUAAUUAUACUGGUAAUAAGUGCUUAGACUAUUUGGAUAUUUCAUGGAAUUAGAUAGGGAAUUCAGGUCUGGAACUGUUAAAAGAUGUAAAAUAUAUAUCAGUUAGAUAAAUAAACAUAAAAUCAUUAAAUUUAGAAUAUAAUUAAUUGACAUAAGAUUGUAUAGAAUCAUUAGAAAUAAUUUUGUUGAAACUAAACAUUGAAGAAAUUAUUUUAUCCCACAAUAAAUUAUCAGAAUUUUCAGAUAAAGAAGUCUUAAAUAAGAAAAUUAAAAGAGUAGAUUUAAGAAAUAAUAGAUUUGAAGAAAUACCAACAAAUUUCUUUUUAAAUGUACUCUCUUUAAAUUUAUCCUACAAUUCUAUUAAGACUAAAGGAGCCUAUUAAAUAUCUUAAGUUAUAAGUUCUAAGAAGGUAAUGUGGAUGGAAUUAAAUUUAAAUAAUAAUGACAUUAGAACUUCAGGGUUUAUAUCUUUGAUAUAUGCUUUAAUAGAAAAUUAAAAAUUAUUAACUCUCUCUGUUGCAGAUAAUUAUAUAUGUGGAGAAGGCAUAUUAGUUUAUUUAUUUAAUCACGAAUUGUUGAGUUUGUAAUAUUUAGAUUUAUCUUUUAAUUAUUUGCGAUAUGAUUUAGUUUAUGCAUUAAUUUCAAUGAUGAAAGAGUGCAAAUUAAGAACAUUAGUAUUAUCAAAAUUAAGAUAAGAUGAAAAUGAUAUACCUAGUGGAAGAAAAGAAUUAAUUGAAAUCAAGUGUACAAAUUUACGAGAACUUGAUUUCUCUAGAAAUAACUGUAUGAUUUAAUCUAUUCUUAAUUCAUUAUCUAAGUAAUUCAAUAGGAUAGAAUAUUUAAAUCUAAAUAAUUGCUAAAUCAAUUAAACUGAUCUAAUUAAUUCGCUUUCAACUUUUCUCUCCCAUACUUCAACUCUUCAAACUUUGUUAUUAGCAAGAAAUGAUCUAGGGGAUAUGAAAGUAAAGAACUUUACAACUUUAAAUGAAGCAUUCUCUAAAAAUUAAUCUAUUAUGUAUUUGGAUUUAUCUUCAAACAAAUUAAAAACUAAGAUAAUCUAUUUAAUACCUGGGUUAUCAAAAUGUCGUAGUUUAAAAUAAUUGAAUAUUAGUAACAAUUUAAUUUAUGAAACUAAAAAGAUUAUUUCUGAUUUUCCUAAAUUGCUAUUCAGUCCUUAUUUAUAAUAUAUUGAUAUUUCCAAAAAUUAAAUUAAAGGUUAAACUCUAUAAGCUGCAAGACUUAAAUAUCUAAAAACAUGUCGUAAUUUCCCUUAAAUAAAAAUGUAAAAAUAAUAAUUUACAGCUGAUGAUUUACAUAUUAUAACUAAGAUUAUAUCUGAAUCAUAUUCAAUAAAAAAAUUAGAGUUAUAAGAUAAUUAUUCUAUAGAGUUUAUGAAUAAUGUAAUGUAAUAUGGAAAUGUUAAAGUGGAAUCAAUUUCAAUUAAUAAAAUAUUAUUUCGAUAGGAUAGUUUUUAAAAUUUAUUAACAACAAUAUAAGAUAAUUAUAGGAAUAUUAAAUUUUUAGAAAUAUCGAAUACAUGUUUAUUUUAGGAUCAAUUAGCAGAUUUAUUAAAUUCAAUUAAAUUAAUAAAGAAUUUAAUAGUUUUAAUUUUGGAUUAUUAAACAUUUAAAGAAAAAGAUUAAAGGGUCAUGGAUAGUUUAAAUGAUUGUUUGGAAUGUUUUCGAAAUCUCAAAUAUUUUAGUGUAACAAAAUCUGCUCUCAGUUGGUAAUUUUUUGUUUUUGUAUCAAAAUUGUUAAGAAGAUCUACAAGAUUGAUAGAACUAGAUCUUAGUGGAAAUACAAUUAAAGAUGAUGAGUUCUAAUUGUUAUGUGAUGGAUUAUUAACAAAUUAAAGUGUAUCAAGUAUAAAUUAAAAAUUAUUUUUUUUAGCUCUUCACCUUAAAAAUUGUAAAUUGAAUGAUGAUACUAUAUUAUAAUUAAUACCUUGUUUACACUAGCAUUCUUCAAUAAAAAAUAUUGAUCUCUCUGAAAAUGAAAUUUCUUUUAACAUUUUUGAAUAAUUUGAGCAUGAACUUGGAGGUCAGAAAAGCUCUAUUUAAAAUUUAAAAUUAUAGAAUUUAUAAAUACCUUGGGAAAUAGUAGAAAUUAAAAAUCAACAAAUUAUCAACAAUUUCUUAAAAUAUUUGUAACAUAUUGAUCUAUCUAAUAAUUCUGAAAAUAAAAUAAUAGAAAAUAUUGACCUAUUUUAUAACUCUGAAAAAAAAACUAAUAUUAUUUGCAUGCUGAAUCAUUUAAUAUAACUUAGAAUGCUUGAAAACAUAUAAUCUUUGACACUUAAUAAUUGUAACAUUAAAGAUAAUUAAUGUGAACCUUUAGCAAAUUUAGUCGAAUUUAAUCAAUAUAUAAAGGAAAUAUCAUUAAUAUAAAAUGAACUAACAUGGAAGGGUUUCAAACUUAUUUUUAACCCAAUACUCUAAAAUAAGAGUGUUUUAAUAAAACUAAAUCUAUCAAAGUAAUAAAUAGAAUUAUGAAAUUAGUAAUAAAAUUGAUGAACAAUAUUUUAAGGAUAUGACAAGUGAAAAUAUAAUACCAUUAAGACAUUUUAGGUUAUUAAUAAUAGAUGGAAAUCAGUUUAAAGAAUAUGUAUCCGGCAUUUCUUUGCUACUUGAAAAGAAUCCUAGACUUUAUAUAUACAAUAAUUGGGAGAAUGUAACAGAAGCUUUUGCUAUAUAAAUUGUUAAUUAAUAUGUACUUUUUGCAAAUGAGUGUAAUUUAACUAAAGAAGUGCCCCUUUAUCUAAAAUCUUUGAUAAUUACAAAGACAAGAUUAAGUGAUUAAUUUUUUAUUUGGUUUGGAUCCUAAUAUUUUCGAUUUCCAUAUUUAGAGUUAAUAGAUUUUUCAGAUAGUACAAAAUACAUGAGUAGUUUAAGUAAAAUGCAUAUGUAUAUUAACAUAAUAAAUGAAAAUUUUGUAAAUUACAACAUUAUUAAAGUAUGCUAUAAUUAGGAUUAAGCCUGUCAGUAAAUAUAUUAUUUAGAAUUAGGCCUAAUUAAUUUGAUGAUGGAUUAUUUAAAUAUUGGUUAUUGAGAUUUAAAGUCUAUUUAUAAAAUAGGAAUUUAAAUUCGUUAUCAAAGAUUGGUUCUAUGACUAAUUUAAUUGAAUAAGUAAAAUGGGGUAAAUUUGGGAAAUUCUUAGUGCAUUUAAUAAAUAAAACUCUUAAUAUAAUAUCAAGUUUAAGUUAUGAUUUCAGAUAUAGUAGUUCUUUACAUAGUUAUGCAAGAAAAUCAUAGAUGAAAAUAAAAUUCUAUAUGAUUGGGUGUUCAAUAGUAGAAAUAAUAAAAAUAGUUUUAGGUAUGGGUGUGUUAUAAAAAAGAAUCAAAAUUAAUAAUCACUUGAUUGAAUGUGGAACUAUAUCAAAACAAUGUUUUUAAAAUGAUCUUCACAUAGGUUUUUUUGCAGAAACUUCUUUUUUUAUAUUUAUGGUAAUAGCUUAAGCUUUUGGGAGUUUAAUAUUAGCCAUAAAAAUAAGAUAAAAAGCAACCCCAGAUUAUUGCAUUUAAACUACAGAGAUGAUAAGAUUUUAAAGAUACUAAUUUGUACAUAAGAAUGAAUUGUUGUUAUGUUUUUUGUAACUCAUAAUUUCGUUUACUUAUUUUCUUGAAUGUACUAUAAUAGGUGCGAAUUUCGAGAUUUUAGAUUUUAUUAAAGAAAAUGAAUAGAAUAAUCUAAUUAAACUUAAGAAUAAUAUCAUUAUUGUUCUUAGUUUUAUGAUAGGCUUUGUAUUCCUAAAGGCAAUUUUUCAAAUUUACAUUAGUUUCAAAUCUCUUAUACUAUUUCUGUAUACUCCUAAUAGCGAUUCUGCCAGUUUCCUUUAAUCUUGCAUGCUCAAAGUACAAUUAGAUCUUAUGCUAAAUAUUGAACAAGUACUCAGAAAUUUUAGUCCUUAAUCUGGUAGAUAUAUUAGAGGAAGUUUAUGGAACUAUAAGUAAAUUGUUUAAUCUAUUCAUGGAUUUAUUGACUUUGCUAUAUUAAUUCAGAUAAUCAUCCUUAGAAAAUUUAGAAAAGAUUUUUUAUAUUAAAACAGAGUAUCCAAUAUGUUUACUUCUACUGACAUUAUUACUAUUAUUUACUAUAUAAUUACAUUUAUCAAAAUCCUUAUGCAUCUAAGUUUUGCCUUAUUUUCAAGACCUCCUUAAUUAAAAUUAUCUGAUCUAAAUGAAUCUUUAUUAUUAAGAAGAUAUGAAAAAAUAGGCAGUUCUUUAUAAAUUGUUCAAUAAAAAUCAAAAAAAGAAUAAUAAUAAUCAUCAUAAUUAUCUAUGGAUAAGAAAAGCAGAUAAGAUUCUAAAGCUGAAUCUAUUGUUAAAACUAAAAGCGAGGGUACGUUUGCUAUUAAAAAAAAUUCUUUUUAAUAAUUUGACGAAGAAAUUGAUUUUAUUCAAGAGAAUAUAUAAGUUCCCAUGGAUCCAUUAAAAGUCAAAUCUAUGAAAAGCAUUUAUUCAAGUCCUUGA